UAACCUUUUUCGGAUAUGUCGUACAGUAAAUCAACCACAAACCACAGGGAGGAGCUUACGUGAAAAUACAGUUGAAUUACGGUUGUUUAUUUUUCUUCCUGACUUUUUUCAUUGAUAGUGCACGUCUGUAAACAUCUGUUUUUCUGGUCUUGUCAUUUGCUGUGCCUAUACAAGUAAACCCACGCUGUAAUAACUGAAGUAUGCUUCAAUGCGUUACGAAGGACAACAUCUUUCAGAUUUUAUCACUUAAGAGCACUUAUUCUAAAACUGUGGUACCAGUACCACUGGUGGUACGUUGCCUCCUCCUAGUGGUAAUCAGGGAUGGUAAGGGUUUAGGGCAAACUUACGCAAGGCCAAUUGUACCUCGCUUCAUACUGAAAGCCCGUCACAUUUGGCUAGUGAAGUCCAAUGGCGGGGUGCGCUCCCCUGUGGGGGCACUGUGAGGUAUAGGAGGGUCGUGACAGGCAGGGGGGACUCGCAGUAGUAAUGUAUUUAUGCAUGCUUGAACAAUACACAAGCCUCCAGCUAGAUGGCAUUACUGCAUAAAUUUAUCAAUGGGCGACCAGAAUGUACAAAGUUUAAGUUUACCACAAACACGGUAUUGUAAAUGAGGAUAUAUAUAUACCCUCAUUAAGGAUAGGUUCUUAGAUGGAGCAAGGGCAGGCCAACAACUAGGUAAACACAUAGUGCAAACGGAUCGAGGGUAAUCAACGGAAUGGCAGUCUCACUCAUGGUAUGGACAAAAUAAACUGCACAACGCAUCCACAUCACACAUAACAUAAAUGAACUACUACUUCGUGGGCAAUAAACAACAAGCGCUAAUUCAAACUGUUUUACAAAGUGCCCGCAAUGCAUGCCUGGUAUCCCAGCAGCACUUCCCUCCGCCUACCCAGCAUGCCUUGCGGUUACAGUAAGUAGUUUUAAAAAAUGACACGUUUGUUGUUAACGCUAGUUGCUGUUUAUUGAUAACUAGGGGUGUCUCGAAUCAACGUUUUCACUUCAAAUACUACAAUGCUUAUUGCAGCCUUGAGUAUCGGCCGAUAUCGAUAUCAAGCCGAUCCGAUAUCAGCACAAAUUAUACAUAUGUUUAUUACUUAUUUUGUAGUGUGGAAUGUUAGAAUACAAAAAGGCUUGAUCAAGUGAGUUUACUCAAACAGAGAAUAAUAGUCAUCAACAGAAGUGAAAGACCUGACUGGUUCAUUUGUUGAACGGCUCCAAUGAUCAGGCAUCAGAGUUUAUUGAACAAGGUCACAGAUUAGGUGGACAGCGCUGGUCUCAACUUGCAAGUACAGAUACAAGAUCUCUCCUACAAAGUGAGCCCCGAUAUUGGGCCGGAGUUUGUUCUUAUAGUGACUAGGUGUUCCUGCAAUUGCAUCCGGCUAGCUGGUGACAUAAAGGAGGCGGAUGGAGCUAGCCUUACACUCAUUGGGCCAAUCAAUACUCAGCCUACCUCAUCCUGUUGACAUGAGUCCUAGUGUGAUAAGAAACGGUUGUGUAUUGACUGAAGGAUGUGUAUCUAUAAAGUCUGGUCAAAGUUGCCAUGUUUUUCUUUUUCCAAGAAGUGCUGGAGCGGAGUCUGGAGUGGCCUGCUUGUAUCGGAGUGCUAAAAUGGAAGAUUUUAGAUGCAGGUCGAUAUAAUCCCUUGUUUCUUCAGUUUCCUGUUCAUUUUAAUGCCUGGUACAACUACAGGUACAUUUGUUUUGAUAAAUAUAAUGAUGACAACAAAAAUAGCUCAUAAGGGUUGUAUUCUUUUGGCAGUAGAGUGCCGUAGCUCCUGAUGUAAGAACAAGUGAUUUUGGUUGUUAUCCAGAAAAUCAUAAAAAUGACUAGAUAUCAGCUCUUAACACUAAACUAUUUUUGUUGUUGUCAUUAUAUUAUUUGUCCAAAAAAUUUACCUUUAGUUGUACCAGGCAUUAAAAUGAACAAGAAACUGAAGAAAUAAGGUGGUAUAUUGUUGUUUUUCCGUGACUGUAUUUUGAUGAUUAUAUGAUUGUUCUCAAGUUCAGCACAAAUCACCCCAUUUGGCACCAUUCUAUGCACACGCACAUACACGCGAGUAUUAGAAUGACUGUAAUGCAAUCUCUCCUUGCAAGUACUUCAUAAUAACGCGUGACACACUGACACAAUGACACAAUGCAUAAUAGAAAUCAGUGAAAAGACUCAAAAUAAUGCAAAAGUCACAACCCAUGUCAUGUUCACACACCCGCGACUAUAUUUGUGUGUGUAAUAAAGACGUGUCAUUAUUCAGUGUGGUACAAAAUUAUUUCUCAGGUGGUACAAAAAGUAGCAUUGUAGCAUUGUCUUAGAAGUUGCAAUGUUUAAAUUGUAUACUUCCUCGCAGUCCAAGUGUAAUUCUGAGCUAUCUUGAAGAUGAUAGAGGGGAAGCUGUCGCGUGAAAGAGACCGUCAAUUAGUGUAGAUCUCACGGGUCAACGGUCAAUAUGUACAGUUAUUUAGGCUGUGGUUUUCUAUUCCCAUAUGUUGUGGUGGUGGUUCCUCUUCUCCUUAUGCUUCCUUAUCACUUGCAAUAAGGCAGUAUAAAUAGUUGUCUGUGAUCAAACAUGAUGCUACAAGUUCCUGCCACAGCUUUAAUAAUGCCCUCUCCCUCCCACCCCCAUUGUGAGUGGCCUGUUUACUCAGCCGUUAUUUAUUAGCAAGGCGUGAGAGUGAUGCAGAAAGCCACAACAAACGGCAGCAUUGGAAACCUCCUCUUAUCUUUCUGUGUUAUGACUCAAAGCCCAAGAGCAAGCAUGUAGAACGGCCAUCUUAAUCUGAGUAAACGGAGAAGCACUUAAAUUCUUACAGACUCCCAUCAUAGUGUUGUAUGGUGAAUGUAUGUUUAAAUGGUGUGAAAUUACAGGGUUAGUCCGACUGGAAUUUUAACAUAGGAAAUUAACAUCUGCCAUCGUGUGUCAUUUGUAUGUACAGUAUUUGUUAACUCUUCUACCCCCUUAACCUCUGCAUACAAAACGGUGAGCAUUUGUCAACACAUGCAACCAUACUGUGUUGCCUGUGCUAUUAGUUUUCUGACAAAUGCCACACAUGGUGGCGCUGUUAGUUUGACCCCCAUAAAUUCGGAAUAGGGGUGCAGCGAUUCCUCAAAUCAUUCGAGUGCCUCUACCAACGGAAGAGAAGGAAAACAAAAUGUAAAAUGCAGACAUAAAAUGUGGCUCAACAGCAUGUUGAACACCAUGACGUGUAUCCGUUGUAAUGUGGCACUUACAUACCUCAACAGCACAUCUUAUAUGUUGCAUCAUCUCCUCCUGAAUGGAGCAGAAGAUCUGAGACAUGUUCAAAUUAACGCAGUGCAAAUCAGUGAGAUUAGGUUAGUGUACUUUGUGGAGGUGGAGGGCUAGCUUUCUCUUAAUUUUGACUAGUGUAGAAUGUGUGGCAGUUUAUUACAAUGGUGACGUGACUUCAAACAGGGUUUAUUUCAUCUGCAAAAACACAGUGCAGCAAUUAGCAACUAAUUGUCCAGAAGUCAUUGACCAUUUGCCUAAUGAUUAUACAACUUUGAGGAUAUCUGUACCACGUGUAUGCUAGCAUGUCUUCCAGCAUUUUGACCCCAACCCACAGGGGGUGUCACAAACGUGAUGUACAACAUAAUGUGGAGAGUCCUUUUAUUUAAGUGUUUAGAAAGCUAAUUUGACUGCGCCCAGCUAAGGGGCCGUUCACGCGUUUUAACUGCAUAAAGGAUAAAAACUGUGUUUUUGUGGUUGUUUCUUCUUUUGAAAAUGGUAACGUCACCGUUUCCUUCUAAAAAUAGUAGUCUGUGAAAACAAGUGUUGCGCCGUCAGGGCCAGCAAAGCCUUCUCUGCUGGCCGAAACAUUAUCAGAAGCACUGGCCUACACCUUAAAUUCCAUUAUUUGUUCCAUGAAAUUGUAUGAAUUUAUUCCCAGCAGUCUACUAUCUUCAUUUGUAGUGUGUCUCUCCACGUGUAUGUGUGAUUUGUUUGUCCAAUCAGAUUUUCGCCUCUAUGUGUUGUCAUGUCAAUGUAGCCUACUCAGGGCCUUCAGAAUCAGGAGUGCUGGCUUAUGUCACAUACAGACUAUUAGUAACGGGGCUGUUCUGUAGUGAUAUCAGCAUUUUUCAGUCCUCUUAUUGAUUGACGUCUGAGAGCCUAUGCCUAACACUCAUACUGUAGUUACCAGUGCGUCACCACAUCACAGCACUUAAUUCAUCCUGUUCUGACAUGAAGAAAGGAGACAGGCAUGGAGUUGUUCAUCGUUAUGUGUUAUAUCAACAAAUAAGUGAGUUUAUAUAUAAAUGUUAUAAAUAAGUCAGUCCGGGAACGGGUUUGCUCGUCACUUGCUCUGAAAGUCUUCUAGACCACUGCUUACAAGUGUGUGGUGAGUGUGAUGCAUUUUUAUGUUUUUGUCAUGUUAUUAGAUAAAUAUUGAUUUAGAACUGUUGCAGAUGAUGUAGUCUAGAGGUUUAGAGUUGUUUAGAGAUCAUGUAUUUGAAGAUAAAGUGUCAUCUGGGUUUCUUCCUUCAGUAAUAAUGGUAUUCAUUCCCAAUUCUGUAAUGCCACGCAUUGUUAUAUUGCCUUUUUGUAUGUUGUUGAUGGUUUGUAUAAUUGUGAUGUGAUAGUGGUGGUAGUAUUAAGAGGUUGAUUGGGUUACUUAAGUCCCCACUGAAAGCCCAGCUGCGAAAUGCACUGCCUUGCUUUGACAAUGUUGUCAUCUGAACAGUUAGUGAUGCAAUUCAGAUUUUUUUACACUUACUGACUACACAGCCAGCUACCGGCAGUUUGCCUUUUUUGGGUGUGUUCAAGACAAGAAAAGUGUUGUAUGAAAGAAACAGGGCUGAUAUUUGAUCAUUGUACACACACCAGAGCACCUGAAGUGUGCACUCAAGAAUGCAAAGAAUUCCAUAGCUGUAGCUUGUGCAUAAAUAACCAUGUUGCAGCAAAUAUAAACUGUGUUUUUAAGUGCGGCUAAAAAUAAACCAAGACAAUUUUUGAGAAAGCUUGAUUUAACAAUUCAUGGGAAGUUCUCAGGAGUUUCGCAAAAGCGGCUUAACUGGCUUUAUUUUGCUGACCGCACUGCCAUUAUUAUCAGGGUGUUUUUUCUUCUUCCCAGAAGGAAAUGUCUCAGCUCUGGGAAAGAAUGACCUUUUCCAGCGCUGCCUUGACGUCAGAGGUCAGGCGCUAAAUCCCCAGACGACUCAGCUGCUAUCUGCUGCCCUCAAGCCUGCAACACAAGCGACUGAGUACAUGAGAUAGAUGCAAGAGUGUUUAUGUGUUGAGUCAUCACCACAGCUUAUUUGCUUCCAUUUCGUACGGCAGCAAACAAACCAUGAACGCAAAUGCUUACUGGGGUCGUGACCUCACGUGCGAGUGGAAGUGCAACUUGCAUGACUUAACUUGGAAUGUGUGUGUGCGUGUGUGUGAGACCUUUGAAAUAAUCAGAUUUAAGAGUUUACAUUAGACAUCAUGCUGCUGCUUAAAUGAUUAUCUCAGCAUUAUUUCCUGCAGGAAGUUGUUGUUUCUGGGCUGUCUGUGUUUCACCUGUGUUUGACAUUGCCUUAGAAAGCUCAAAUUACGCCUGCAGGAUGCAACUCAUCCUAUAGGAGGCGCUGAUUGUUCUUCAUUGCUGUUCAACAGAGCUCAGCUAACUGACAGAGAACGAUGAUGAUGAUGUCACAUUACCGUGAUUAAAAAUGCUACUCAAACAUUUUACCCCUUCUACUCCUUGUGUACUACUUAAAAAUAUUUAGCUUUGCAAGUACCACCGAUUUUGGUACUUUUGCUACCCAUCACGGUUUUGCUUGUGGCUUCUGAGUAUGAAGGGAAUUAAACUUUAUGUGUGUAUUUCAGCAAAGGACAAUUUAAUUUGUAUUCAGUUUCACCACAUCUUUGGUUAAUAAACUUGUGUUUGUACAAAGAUUUCAUGUAUAUCCUGUAUGUCUUUAAUAUUACAAAAAAAAGUCACUGGUGUUCCUGUGUACCACUAUUACCACCACGACUACUACCAGAAUCAGCGCUCUAGACCUGUGUUCCAAACUUUUUACAGUCGUGUACCCCUUGAGGUAUAAAACAUACACCUCUUGUUUUAAUUAACUUGAAAUAUUGAACAUACUGUAAUUCUUUGGUUAAUCAAUUUUAUAGUAAUUCCGAGUCAAAAACAUUUUGACUCGUAUUUUGCGUGGUCACAUUUUAAUAAAGUUUCACAUGAGCACUGAUGUAUAAAUAAGUAAUCAUCCUGCAUAUCUUUUAGAAAUAUUGAACCUAAUUAAUUGGUUAAUUAAUUUUAUAGUAAUUCUGGGUCAAAAAUGUGUGUUUUGCAUGGUCACAUUUUGAUAAAGUAUCACAUUAGCACUGAUAAAUAGAUAAGUAAUCAUCCUACAUAGCUUUUAUUCCAGUUUGAUGUAGGCAUCCUUCCGUUUGAAUGGAUUAAAUUUAGCUUCACUUUUUUGUCGACUUACGAUGGCUAUGGUUUAAGUUUGCAUGUUAAUUUAAAACCAAGUUUAAGGGAACAAUUUAACAAUCACAAUAAAGCAUUAUCCGGAGUACAAAAAUACACAACCAACGAUGAAGCCUAAUUUUCAGGGGAAUCCCCACUCACAAGGACAGGUUUUCACCGCUGUGCCGUGCAGGGGUUCGAACACCAAUAUAAACGAAAUCUUCAAGAUUAAACACCUUUAAUGCACAAAAUAAUCAUCAAUAAUAAUCAUCUUACUUAUUUGUUCAUAUAAUGCACACAGAGCAACAACUUCAUGCACGUGUCUCUUCUGUGCUGCGUUCUCUUUUGUGCUGUGAGGCAUUCAGGUGCACUCGUGAUUGUGAGAAUUGUUUUUAGGCACUAAUUGUUUUUGUUUUUCACGUACCCCCAUUACAAUUGGCGUACACCUGGGGGUACGCGUACCCCACUUUGGGAACCUAGGCUGUAGACAACUUAACAACCUUUAACUUGGGCUUUGUCCACAAGAACACAGAUAUUUUCAAAAACAUUUCCAAUCAGAAGCAUCAAUAAAGUCCAUAGCAACAUGUCUGGUCACGGGAGGAGAUGGGUGUGGACUGAUAGCGAGAUAGAGUAGGUGUGAAGUAGUUUAUUUCACAUUUGUAUGAAAAAUGUAUUUAAUACAAAACUCUGAAAAUGUAACAGAUGUUGAUUAUCAGGAUGAUGCUGUGAAGUGUCGUUCCUUUUAUAGAUCAAGUUAUUCGGACAGAACUCACUCUCUUUAAUUCUGUUGUGAUGCUAUCGGUGCUGAAAUAGCUAAUUGUCCUUGUCCAGCUGAAUUGCCUCCAUGACAGUAGUUACGUAGCAAAAAACAGGCAUAAUAAACAAAGGGAAGCUUUCAAUGUACAGUAUGGGCUAAGCAGCUAAGUCAAACACAAUACCAAUGUUCUUGACAUGAGAACAUUCUCACACCGUUCUUGUGUUCUUGUGAGCAGGAGCAUCGUAGCAGCAUUGGAGAGCAGAGCAGCAUCAGCGACCUUCGAAGCCCAUAUUGGUGCCUUUGCUCGUCACUGUAAAGCAAAAGUAGGAGUAUGUUUACGCUUAAACAUGCAAAAAGUCCUCUCAGUAUGUUUAAAACCAGCAAUGUAAUGUUUGCCAUUGCACACAUUAAAUUAUACUUUUCUUGUGUGGAAAUGGUGGCACAUAAUUGUUACGUCAUCUGACCGUGACAAUCCGAAAACUAAAUUUCCACUGUCUGUUCAAGUUUUGAAAGGUCUUCAUGCAGACUGCAGUUUUCCAAAGCUGUUUGUAAGGACAAAAACCUACAUUUGCAUGUGAACAAAAGUCCAAAACGCGUAGAAAAAUUUACAUUUUAAAAAAAUCCAUGUUCACAUAGCUUUAAUUUAGUAAAUAAGUGUUGCCGAGGCUGAGCUACAAUAGCUCACGUUUCUAGGAAUUGAGGGUUUGCUGUCCUUUUGUCCUUUUCUUUGGGAAUCAGCUUUUGGCUUCCAUUGGAAAAACAGCUCUAAUUCGCAUUUGUAUUUCUAGAUAACAUCUUUGUCAGAGGGACUUUUUUUUAUCGUAUACAGGCUGAAAUGUUUACGAGCAUAUUUUCCCAAGAAAUAUGCUUGUCAUUGUCAGGAUACACACAUUGGAAGGCUCUCUCUUUCUUUGCCUGGAAUGAGGUGGCACGACUCCACCGCUUCCUCGUGUUUAAACUAAACGAGAGGGUAGUACAACAAAUCAGGGCUUUGUGGCCGGGUCGCCUUUUUGGUUUACAGGUAGCUGUCAGGGUCAAGUAAACAUAUGGGGUUCCUGGUUUGGCUUGCUUUGACUAGCUGAGGAAGAUGGGAUCCAGAUGAGAUGGUGCUAAAAAGAACAGUGUGAACAGCCAGGAGGAGCUGCACUUUAAACAUCCACUGUGACAAACAGUAGAAUCCUCAUAUUUUAGUUGGUUAGACAUUGGAUUCGUUUGGAUUAUUUACUGUCCGUUUGCUUAUCAGUGAAUGGUACGAUGUCAUCAGGUGUAAUCAUUGACUUUGCCCCAACUGGAACACUGCAGAUGCAAACAACCCUGCUCUCUGUUCCUUUCACAGAGAUUCUGCAAAAUAGUUGCAUCAGUGUCAUAACAGUAGAUCCAGCAUUUAUUUGCCUUUGUCUUUUAUACAGCACCAAGUGAACCAAGGUAAUAGCCCUACUGUGUGUGUUUUCACAGAGGCACGGCAUCCUGCAGUCAGAUCAUUACUGUAGAUGUGUGCCAAUGCCAGUGUCUGGUGUGAUUUAUGAAAUACUUGUCGGACAAUGAUAAUUGUUCUCAACGAGGGGUGUCACGAGACAUCCAACUCACAACACUAGACGAGAUGAUAUUUUAACAUACAUUUUAAGGAAAAUACAAUGAAAAAAUAUAACUGAACAAACAAACUUCAUUUUACGGAGUCACAAAACAAUGCCGGUGCUUUUUAAAAAUGUUUAUUGUCCCACAAGAUGACGCUAAAUGAUUAUAUUAUGAUAAGGUAUAAUAAUAAAUAGAAAUAUAUAUAUAUAAUGCAAUACUUCCUUUAAUAUGUCACCUUUCGCUCUGUAAAGUUGAGGAAUUUGUGACAAAUUUUCUCACAGGACAUUUGUACUGUCUGACAAACAUUUGCAGCAUUUCUUGAAAUGCCGGCUUUACUAUCGGGUGUCAGCAUUUGGCCAUAUUAAAGUCAUGGUUUGAUAGAAACAGAUUAUCCUUGAACCUAAGUAAAACAAAAAUAAUGCUAUUUGCAAAUAGCAGAAAGGAUUCAUAAUGCCAAGUACAGAGAAUAUACAACACCUUUAUUUUUAAAAUCACAGAUAUUUGCACACAAAAUUUGCUGAUUUAGUACAUUUUCAAACUGCUAAAAUAAUGCAUAGUUAAGCAAGUUAAUAAUAAUUUGUUACCGAAAAACAUCAUACAGUAUUUCUCUAUCAGAGAGGAGAAAUAUGAUCUUAGGGGAAAAUUAAACUUAAAACACUUAACACUUAAAACACUGUAUGACUCUAUUUGUGAUACAAUACGCUCUUGUGUCUCAUUCCUCUCCUUCCCCAAGACUUGUAAUGCCAAUUUAUUUCUGUUGCGAAUAACUUUGAUGUCGUCAUCCAACAGCCUGACUGACCCUAUUUCUGAUUUUGAGUCUGUAAUUCCAGGGCCAGUGUCAUUUUGCUUUGUAUUUGAUAUUGUUGCUAGGCAACCGCUUUGAACUUCAGCAGUUAGCCAGUUAGCUUGACUUGCUAGCAGCUAUCAAGAUUUGGAACUAGUUUAUUUCAAGGAAGCUGUACCUCUCGCCUAUUCAAGUUAAGGUUGGGGGAGUCAGCAAGCAGUGCUGAUCUUGUGUUCGUCAAGUGUAAUCAGGUAAUCACCAAAAUAUCUCAAAAUAACUUUUUUCAUUAAUUAUUGUCAUUAGAGGUGUAAGUCACAUUUGAACGACAGAUGGUACUCAAGUAUAGUGUACCUGUGUGAGCCACAUUAGCUUGACACAGAAGUUGCCUGUAUAUGUUGUUGGCUGAGUUGCAAACUGUUGUUUAAAAAGCGAAAUAUUAGCACACUGGGGCUGUUGCGUUCGCCUUAGAAACCAUCGCUUCUGUGCCUACACUUUCUCACAAGGCUAAUUUGCUGCUAGCUUGCUGCUAGCACUCUUUAUCCACUCACUAGUAGCCCCGUCUCCACUGAGGUUGAAUGAGAGGAUGGUUCAUUCUCUCCGUUCAUUCCACUACAACAGUUGCUACAACAUAUAGAAAUCCAUAGACUGGGCAUCUCUGUGUGGAGUUUGCAUGUUCUCCCCAUGAGUGCUUGGGUUUUCUCCAGGUACUCCUGUUUCCUCCUACAUUCCAAAAAAACAUUCCAUGCAUGUUAGGUUAAUUGGCGACUCUAAAUUGUCCAUAGGUAUGAAUGCGAGUGUGAAUGGUUAUUUGUCUGUAUGUGCCCUGAGAUUGCCAGUCCAGUCCAGGGUGUACCCCCGCGACCCUAGUGAGGAUAAGGGGCAUUGGAUGGAUGGAUAUUGUGGGUCACCACACAAGCAAAUUAAUCAAAACUUAGCAAAUACACAAUCCAACAACUACAAAACACCCUUGUGGAUAAGUUGAGACCUGCACUUUCACCAACUUUAAGCAGCUAUGACAGUAAUACUAAUAGAAAUAAUGAUAGUGAGUGUAAUAAUAUUAAUAAUAAAGAUAGUAGUAGUAGUAGUAGUAAUAGGGGAGGACCGGAGAAGGAGGAGGCGAUGAGAGAGCCACACGGACGACACCUUUGUACUUUGCUACGAGUUAUCUCUUGAAUUCAAUGGUGUUUCUCACCUUCUUUAUCAAAGUGCUGAAACUUGCAACUUUCUUUGGCCGAGACUUGUGGUCAAGCAGAGACUGUGUUAGUUAGCAAAGAACUACAGAGUCAAUCCAUGAUGACGUCAUAUAGGGGCAACGGAGCAGGGAGACAAUGACUUCCGGGUUGGAGGAGAGUCGAACUAACAAGCACAUUUUGUAAUAAAGUCAAGUCACGAAAACAGUUGGACUCACACAGUGUAUUAAUAACACAACAAGACUGAGUCACCAAAGCUUGGGAUUUUUUGUUUCGGCACUCGGUUACGCAGAAUGAUACGCAGACAAACAGGCGUAGUCCUGGCCAGACCUUUGUGUGGAUGUGAUGCAGGAGUGACUCUUCUCUGUUGUCGUGUGUAUAUGUCUUGGUAUGAUUGUGAUUUCUUUUUUUUUGCGGAAGAACAGGAACCAGCUGCAAACCAGUUCUUAACUGAGUCAGGCACCAUUAAAGGAAAACUGCACAUUUUUUGGAAUAUUGCCCAUCAUCCUCAGUCCUUUUCCAUCAUCCACAAAUAUGUCUUUCUGUCUUCUGUGUGUUCUAUAGAUAUAAAAACCGAUACAAAGAAUGCACAUAAUGGGAAAUACAUAUUCCGCCUAUAAAUCCUUUUGAAAAAACUCCAACAAUGCUCCAUUUGCAUAAAAUGUGACGUGCAUAUUAACCGAGUUACAGCAACAUUGUUAUUAUUAUUAGAAUUGUUACGCCGAUUGAACUAGUUACUGGCGUAUUGACACCUUGCCACACCACACCGGCUAGCAACUAGCUUCACCACACACUCAUUAUAUUGAAACCGAGACAUAGUUUUGGCAAUCAUUUCCGUCUAAACUGAAUCCUACGAAAACCGGGGCAUAGGAAAACCAAGGUAUCAUUAAUGAGUUUUCAUAUUUCAGAAAUAACAAGCUCUCUCCAAUUAUCACCUGCUACCAAUUGGCACAAUCUGAGAGAAGAUGGAAAAUAAAUCAGAAGCACCAAACAUUGGUCAUAGUCAGUAAAACCAUUUGGAAUGUCACGAAGAAGAAAGAAACCACUGGUGUACGAAGUAACAGAUGUUGAACAGGUAGAAACAUUAGAAGCUGAUGAGUAACAUUUUGAGAGCUGUAAAGACAGACCCUAAACAACUCUUGGUGACAUCAGCAACAACCUGCAGAGGGUAGGAGUGAAGGUAUCACGAUCUACUGUUCAUAGAAGACUUCAUCAACAAAAGUACAAUGCUACACCAGGAACCACUCAUUAGCAAGUUGGAAGUUUAGGCGGGAAUUUGCCAGUACAAAGAUGAUGAGCCUAAAAAGUUUGUAAAAUUGAAACCAAAUCUAAUACUGUAUUUGUCAAACUAAAUUUCUCCAUAAACCUGUCCUACAUCCUCUUUUAGAACAUACAGUCUAUGUCGGCUUUAGUCUGAACUAGAACAAAAAUAAAGUGUCCAAAAAGGUGUGCGUCAGCGGGCCAGUGAUGACGGGUUAAAGAGAAGAGGCAACUAUCAGGUGUCGGUUACCACAGCAACACACACAAGCAUGUAAUGGACGGGGAACACACUUCACGACCUCCGCCUUGAGUUUCACAUCCUAAAGAAAAGAAAGGGGUGUGGCCUCUGCCUGCCCAAAUGUUUUGGGGAAUGUACACACACACACGCACACACACGCAUACACACACAAGUACCGUAACAGUCACUGCUUCUUCCUGUUUUUCUGGUUCCGUCUUCCCACAUGCCAGGCGUAACAAGCAAGCAGCACUCAAGGAUUUUGAGGAGGUGUUUUUUUUUUUUAUAUUAGUGUUGUGACGUGCAGUGUGUGUCAGUGGCCAUGGGGGUUGGUGGGGGUGCGCCUUUGAAAGCAGACUCACCGGCACUCACUUUCAGCUAAGCUGACCGGACCGACCGGCUCACUCCUGAUGGGCGUCAGGGAGAAACCCGAACCCCCGAGUGCUGCUGAAGAGUAGACGCCACUCAGAUGCAGAACAGCAUGGAGGCAUUCAGACAGUCUUUUCUGCAUUUGACUUUUCAGAUGUCAACAUACAAGAGAGCAACGCUAGAUGAGGAGGACCUGGUGGACUCCAGCGGGGACGAUGUGUACCAGUCAACACCCAUGCAGGUGACUCUUCUGCAGGGGCGCGGCCUCACUUGUUGGCCAGACAGAACGUCACAGGAGAGGAGGCUUCUGUUUCUAGUGUGUGUCCUGUCCGUGGGCCUUUUUGUAUUCCUUAUCACAACCGCCAUCUUCUACAGGCAGGCUCACCCGGGCAUGUGUCUGACGGACCCGUGCAUCACAGUGGCCAGCGCAGUCACGGCGGCCCUGGAUCGCUCUGUGGACCCCUGCCAUGAUUUCUACAACUUUGCCUGUGGGGGCUGGGUGAAGAACAACCCCCUCCCUGAAGGCAAGUCCCGCUGGGGGCCUUUCAGCAACCUGUGGGAGCACAACAUGCUUAUCAUGAAGCAUUUGUUAGAGAACACAACAAUGAAAGGGUUGAGUCAAGCUGAGGAAAAAGCCCAGCGAUAUUAUCAGGCCUGCAUGAACGAGACCAAGAUCGAGGAGUUAGGAGCAAAACCAUUACAGGAACUCAUCACACAGAUUGGAGGGUGGGCCCUGACCGAAUCCUGGGAUAAAGACAACUUCCAGGAAGUUCUCCGUACGGUGUCGGCAAACUAUCGCACCUCGCCCUUCUUUACUGUUUUUGUCAGCACAGACUCCAAGAACUCCUCCAGUAACAUCAUCCAGGUGGAUCAGUCCAGUCUGGGUCUCCCUUCACGGGAUUACUACCUCAACAAAACAGCCAACGAAAAGUAUCUCACGGCAUACCUGAACUUCCUGGUGGAGUUAGGUGUCCUUCUUGGGGGCUCUGAGGAGACAUCUCGGCUGCUUAUGGGGCAAAUUAUGGACUUCGAAACGACUCUGGCCAACAUCACAGUCCCCCAGGAGGAGCGGCGGGACGAGGAGCUCAUCUACCACAAGAUGGAGGCCAAAGACUUGAAGACUCUGGCUCCUGCAGUAGACUGGAUGCUCUAUCUCAACCAAGUGUUUGCUCCGGUGCCGCUCACUGAGUUGGAGCCAGUGGUCGUCUACGCCAAAGAAUACCUCCAGAAAGUGUCUGACCUUAUCAAAAACACAAAUAAAAGCCUUCUCAACAACUACAUGAUCAUGAAGGUGGUGAGGAAGAUGGUGUCCAUCUUGGACCAGAGGUUUCAGGAUGCAGAGCAGCGCUUCCUAGAGGUCAUGUAUGGGACUAAAAAGAGCUGCACUCCUCGUUGGAAGCUCUGCGUCAGCGACACAGACAGCGGCCUGGGCUUCGCUCUAGGCGCAAUGUUCGUCAAAGACACCUUCGCAGAAGACAGCAAGGCCGUAGCCGAGGACAUGGUAGGAGAAAUCAAAAGGGCGUUUGAGGACAGCCUGAAGUAUGUAAGCUGGAUGGACGCUGACACAAAAAAGGCAGCAAAAGAGAAGGCAGAUGCUAUUUACAACAUGGUUGGCUAUCCGGAGUUCAUCAUGAACACCACAAAGCUGGACAAAGUGUUCAAUGAUUUUGAGGUGGUGUCGGAUCUUUACUUCCAAAACGUCAUGCAGUACUACAACUUCUCAGCGAGGGUCACAGCGGACCAGCUGAGAAAAACUCCAAAUAGAAACCAGUGGAGCAUGACCCCCCCAACAGUGAAUGCAUAUUACAACCCCACCAAGAAUGAGAUGGUGCUACCGGCGGGAAUUCUUCAAAUUCCGUUCUACAGCCGAUCCUGGCCUAAAGCUCUGAACUUUGGUGGCAUUGGGGUCGUCAUGGGGCAUGAACUGACCCAUGCUUUUGAUGACCAAGGGAGGGAAUAUGACAAGGAUGGCAACCUGCGCUCCUGGUGGAAGAACUCGUCUGUGGAGGCCUUCAAGAAGCAGACUCAAUGCAUGGUGGAGCAGUACGGCAAUUACAGCAUCAACCAGGAGCCUCUGAAUGGAAAACACACACUGGGAGAGAACAUCGCCGACAAUGGUGGCCUCAAGUCUGCCUACAAGGCUUAUGUGAACUGGAUUGAGAAGAAUGGGGAGGAGGCCACGCUGCCUGCCUUGGGAAUGACCAACCACCAGCUGUUUUUUGUGGGAUUUGCACAGGUAUGGUGCUCUGUUAGGACACCCGAGAGCUCACACGAGGGCGUCAUCACUGACCCGCACAGUCCAUCCAGAUUCAGAGUCAUUGGGACCAUCUCUAAUUCACACGAAUUCUCAAAGCACUUUGGCUGCAAAGCAAACGCGCCCAUGAACCCCAAGCACAAGUGUGAGCUUUGGUAGUGCCUCCAAAACGAGACAAAUAGGGGAAGCUGACUUUGGAGGGGUACGCCAAGAACCACUAACAAGCCUGCCUUACCACUCAACUCUUUAGCAGCCUUCUUGUCAGGACUCAACAUGCCUGCUGUGCCUUUGUUUGGAUGAUGAUUGUAUCUCUAGCUUCACUUAAAGGACUGCUGAGGUUGAAUGUUUCCUAUAAAUGUUUUUUUGAACACUGGAAAUAGACCUUUAAGAAUGAGGGAAACUCUCGCGUUUUCUAAACUGCCUGCAUUAGGUCACGUAAAGUAACUUACCACACUGACGUUUAUUUUUUUUCUUCUGUCUGUCACCCUCUGGUUUCCCAAACUUUUUUUCAGGACACAUACCACAUUUAAAUUAAAGACAACAAAAGACAUGCAUUUAUGACAAGAAAUGGUGUGCUUAAAAUGUACUUGCGAUUGGCCCACAUCCCACUUUGUUCUGCUUAAUUUUACUUGUACUCUUGUUUUAUUUAUGUCACAUUUUAUAUGUAACACUGAACAAGGGACCAGUGUGUUUUUUAGCUUGCUGAAAUAUAAAGAGCAUUUAAAAGCCAUAUAUAACCAGAAUGUAUAGAAUGUUGAAUUCUAUUGCAAGUAUUGUGAGGGGAAAGAUGCACUGUUUUUGUAUUUGUGUACACCAUGGUCUAGCAGUUCUAUUUUUAUUGGGAGAACAUUGCUGCCCUAAAUAUUUAAUGACAAAGCCACUUUUUGACUGGUUGAAAACGUACAGAAAGAAUGUAAUAAGCAUUUUUUUUUUAAAGCUGCUGAAAUUGUUUUGAAUUGAAUUGAACAGUCACAACCAAAAUAGACCAAGAUGAUGUGUAUCACUUGUAUGUUUGUGUGUAAAAUUAUUUUGUAUAAUAAAACAACCAUAAAACGCA